GCGCUGUGCUUCAAAACACUGCUAGUUUAUACCGAGGGGGCAGGCAGAAGCAUGAAGGGCUGGUCCUGGUCUAUCAUGUCUAUAAGAGCAGAGCACUGGCCUUCACAUGAGCAUACAUCUCUGAGGGACAUACAGGUUGUUUCACACAGGCAAAGGAAGACAUCCAGACCUGCCUGAAAGAUGGGUUGGCAGAAGGACAUGCUGGAAAAGCUUGCACACACUUUCCAGAUCCGCAACAAGCUACUGCGCCAGGGACUGGCUGAAUGCUUGGGAACUCUCAUCCUUGUGAUGUUUGGCUGUGGUGCGGUGGCUCAGAUGGUACUAAGUAGAGAAACUCACGGUCGCUUUCUCUCUGUAAACCUUGCUUUUGGUUUUGCUGCUACCCUUGGAAUCUUGGUUUGUGGCCAGGUGUCAGGUGGACAUUUAAAUCCAGCAGUUACAUUUGCUCUCUGCCUCUUGGGAAGAGAAAAAUGGAGAAAGUUCCCUGUGUACUUUAUGUUCCAAACACUUGGAGCCUUCUUGGGUGCCGCGAUCAUCUUUGCUGAAUACCAUGAUGCAAUGUAUGAUUAUUCUGGAGAAAACAAUGUGUUGCUCGUAACUGGGGAAAAUGCCACUGCUGGUAUUUUUGCUACUUACCCAAACCCACAUCUCACCAUCUUGAAUGGCUUUUUUGACCAGGUGAUAGGCACAACAUCUCUAAUUGUCUGCAUCCUGGCCAUUGUGGACCCCUACAACAACCCAAUCCCCCAAGGUCUUGAAGCCUUCACGGUGGGAUUCAGUGUCCUUAUCAUUGGACUCUCCAUGGGCUUCAAUUCUGGUUAUGCAGUCAACCCAGCUAGGGAUUUCGGGCCUCGUCUUUUCACUGCCAUGGCUGGUUGGGGUGGUGAAGUCUUCACUACCAGGGAGUGUUGGUUUUUGGUGCCAUUCUUCGCCCCCUUCCUGGGAUCCAUUAUUGGUGUGAUUGUGUACCAGCUGAUGGUGGGGUGGCAUGUGGAGGGAGAAGUAAAGAACAAUAAGAACAAAGCUAGGGAAGAGACUUUGAAACUUAAUGACAUCACCAGCAAGGAGUGAUCUGCGUGAUCUCCAUAAGCCCUCCACACAGUAAAUCCACAUAAACCUUCUGCUUAUUAGUCUCUGAGUUCAAUAAAUAUGUCUUGUUCUACACAAGACUCCCUCUUCUCUUUCAGAGGGGAUUCUCGUAGUCUUGCAGACCAUCAAAUGGACUUAAAUGCUGCAAAUUUCAAGAUUACAGUUUACUUACUUGUUCCAUCAGAUAUUUUUGUUUUUUUUCUGUAGCAUGAUUCAGAUUUUUUUCUUCACACAUCCUCCAGAUUCCUCAAUUAAGGGAAAAAAGGUGUUUCUUCAGCAACACGAAUUAUAUUAAUUCACUGUUUUUUGAAACUUACUAACGAUGUAGUGUAGCACCUAUCAACAUUUUCAGUUUUCACACUUUUGUACUACUAUUAUCCAAAUAUGUUGUCAUUCCUGUAAAGAAAGUUAAGCAAUUCGACCAAAAACAGCUACAAUACUUUUUUAUUGUCAUCUUCAUUUUAAGCAGUUUUUUUUUCUAUUACAUAACAGGAAUUACAACUUAACAAGUACGCUUUAAAAAAAAAAAAAACCUGUAAAAAAGAGUGUAGUAAUCCUGCAAUUGUAUAGCAUUUCAUUCUUUAGACUAGUUUCAUUUCAUCCUCUCAUGUAUCUGUUACUGUCAUUACCAUUUACAUUUUUUAAUUGAAUGUUUUGAAGCAAUGGAUUGUUAUCCUAAUAAAGGUUUUAUUAGUAUUUUUUAAGAA